AUGAAUAAAAAUAUAAACUUUGAGAGACGAAAUACUCGCGGAGAGCAGAGAAACUCUGCCUUUAAGGCAAAAAUUGAAUCAAAAGCUUCGAGGUUAAAGACUUUUCUUGAGUUAGGGGCUCUAAGGUGUGUAUUUGAGCCCAGAAAGCCAUAUACUCCAGUUAACCCCUGGAAAGCUCCACCCUCUUUACCUCAAAGACCACUCACUAACUAUGCCACACCAGCCUUUUACCUGAGACUCCGUGAAGAUACUCUUUUCUUCAUCUUCUAUUAUCUCCCCAACACGAUACAGCAGAAACUGGCUGCUAAGGAGUUGAGGAGAUUAUCGUGGAGAUUCCAUAAAAAGUAUUUGGCGUGGUUUCAGAGGGCUGAGGCGCCCACCAAGGUUACUGAGACCUUUGAACAAGGAACGUUCGUAUAUUUUGACCCGGAAGAGUGGAAAAGGGUGAUUAAGCACGAUUUUACUUUCCAUUACAAUUUCCUGGACUAG